GACUCCAGACAGUGUGUCCAUCAGCACUGUGAAUCACACCGGACCAAUGAUGGAGGGAAACCAGUAUGAGCUCCAGUGUGACGUUCUCAAUGUGGCUCCUGUUCAGAAUCUCACUGUCAACUGGUACAAAGGACAGACUCUGGUGGAUCAAACCAUCUUCACUGACACCAUCAUAACUCCAGUCAGUAAAACAUCUAAACUCCUGAUCCGUCCAGACAGAGCUGAUGAUGGAGCUCAGUACUGGUGUGAAGCAAAGCUGGAACUGGGAGAAGAAGGACCUCAACCUCCUCCAACAGCCCCGUCAAAACAUCUCAACAUUACUGUUUAUUUUAAACCGAUCAUCGAUGAGACCAAACUACCCUCCAAAGUGCCUGUGUUUCCAGGAUAUCCAGGGGUGAUUGUUUGUGAAGCCGAGGGAAACCCAAAACCAACAAUCAGCUGGAGUGUCAACACAACUGAUAUAGUUUAUAGUGAAACUCUUACUAUAACAGAAUCAACAUCUGAGGAUCUGCACUGCAUUGCAAACAACUCUGUUAGCACCACCAUCAGACGUGUAAAAGUGUCCAUACAAGACGGCGACUGUCCAAUUCAGCUCAACCCACAGAGAGUUAUUGUGAAGUUCGGCAGUCCUGUUUCAGCCGACUGCAGCACUUCUGUCCCGCAUAAAGAGAUGGGAUGGGAAGCCAGUGAGGGAUCAGUGCCCAUGAGCAAAGACAGUCUGAUCACAUGGAGAGUGUCAGAACUGAGAGAAUGGGACAUAGCACCAUUCUGCUACAUAAACCAUAAGAAACAGUGUGAAAUUACUCUCCCAGUGACUAUUUACAAGACUCCAGACAGUGUGUCCAUCAGCACUGUGAAUCACACCGGACCAAUGAUGGAGGGAAACCAGUAUGAGCUCCAGUGUGACGUUCUCAAUGUGGCUCCUGUUCAGAAUCUCACUGUCAACUGGUACAAAGGACAAACUCUGGUGGAUCAAACCAUCUUCACUGGCACCAUCAAGACUCCAGUCAGUAAAACAUCUAAACUCCUGAUCCGUCCAGACAGAGCUGAUGAUGGAGCUCAGUACUGGUGUGAAGCAAAGCUGGAACUGGGAGAAGAAGGACCUCAACCUCCUCCAACAGCCCCGUCAAAACAUCUCAACAUUACUGUUUAUUACGACUGCCCCAUUUCCUUCAACCCUCCUGAGGUGGUGGUUCAAUAUGAAGCUUCAUUCUCAGUGAACUGCUCCACUAUCAUGACAGAUGAUUUUGACUUGAGUUGGGAGCCAUCUAAUAGAUCACUGGAAAACAUUGGAAAAAUCUCCCAAAGUGGUAAUGUGACAAACUGGGAGAUGCAGCUAACUUGUCACAUUUUCUCUAAUGAAACCCAGUGUUCACAGAAUCUCUCAUUUAUCGUUUACAAGACUCCAGACAGUGUGUCCAUCAGCACUGUGAAUCACACCGGACCAAUGAUGGAGGGAAACCAGUAUGAGCUCCAGUGUGACGUUCUCAAUGUGGCUCCUGUUCAGAAUCUCACUGUCAACUGGUACAAAGGACAGACUCUGGUGGAUCAAACCAUCUUCACUGACACCAUCCAUACUCCAGUCAGUAAAACAUCUAAACUCCUGAUCCGUCCAGACAGAGCUGAUGAUGGAGCUCAGUACUGGUGUGAAGCAAAGCUGGAACUGGGAGAAGAAGGACCUCAACCUCCUCCUGAAGUCACAUCAGAUCCUCUCCGCAUUACUGUUUAUUUUAAACCGAUCAUCGAUGAGACCAAACUGCCCUCCAAAGUGCCUGUGUUUCCAGGAUAUCCAGGGGUGAUUGUUUGUAAAGCCGAGGGAAACCCAAAACCAACAAUCAGCUGGAGUGUCAACACAACUGAUAUAGUUUAUAGUGAAACUCUUACUAUAACAGAAUCAACAUCUGAGGAUCUGCACUGCAUUGCAAACAACUCUGUUAGCACCACCAUCAGACGUGUAAAAGUGUCCAUACAAGACGGCAACUGUCCAAUUCAGCUCAACCCAGAGAGAGUUAUUGUGAAGUUCGGCGGUCCUGUUUCAGCCGACUGCAGCACUUCUAUCCCGCAUAAAGGAUUGGGAUGGGAAGCCAGUGAGGGAGCAGUGCCUAUGAGCAAAGACAGUCUGAUCACAUGGAGAGUGUCAGAACUGAGAGAAUGGGACAUAGAGCCAUUCUGCUACAUAAACCAUAAGAAACAGUGUGAAAUUACUCUCCCAGUGACUAUUUACAAGACUCCCGACAGUGUGUCCAUCAGCACUGUGUAUCACACCGGACCAAUGAUGGAGGGAAACCAGUAUGAGCUCCAGUGUGACGUUCUCAAUGUGGCUCCUGUUCAGACUCUCACUGUCAACUGGUACAAAGGACAGACUCUGGUGGAUCAAACCAUCUUCACUGACACCAUCAAGACUCCAGUCAGUAAAACAUCUAAACUCCUGAUCCGUCCAGACAGAGCUGAUGAUGGAGCUCAGUACUGGUGUGAAGCAAAGCUGGAACUGGGAGAGGAAGGACCUCAACCUCCUCCAACAGCCCCGUCAAAACAUCUCAACAUUACUGUUUAUUAUGAGCCAAAAAUUAAACAUUGUAAGGACUGGUCUCCAACGACAGGGGCCUCCUUAGAUUCAUAUCCAAAUUCAUAUUCUCUUGUUGGUAACCCUUAUCCAGACAUUUCUUGGAGACGCAAAUCAUCACUAGGCCAACUCAGUGUUUCUAUACUUCUUAACACAUAUGAUUCUGACCAAUAUGAAAUCACUGCCAGUAAUGACCAAGGCAAUUCCACGUGUAUCAUAAACAUCACAGUGGAGUACCCUCCAAAGCUGAACUGCAGUGAGAGCUACGAAGUAAAAGAGAAAACACCCUUCCAACAUCCUUGUGUAGCUAAUGGAUUACCAAAGCCUGAUGUCUCCCUCCACAAAAAUGGAAAACUUAUCGCGCUUCCCUAUUAUCCCAAAUGGAAUGAUAGUGGCUGGUAUCAAUUAACUGCAAGUAACAAACAUGGAACUGUGAAUUCAACAUUCGUUCUAACUAUCCUGUAUGCUCCAGUGUUGCAUGCCAGCCAAGACAAGUUUGAUGUGGUUGAAGACAGCAAUAUAACCCUAGAGUGCGAUUCGACUGGUAACCCAGAGCCUAAAAUGUCGUGGAGCUUUAAAAAUGAGAUCAUCUCCACUGGGAGGCGCCGCAUCAUCUUUAACAUCAAGAGAGCCACGUCUACCAGUGCAGGGGUUUAUACAUGCAGUGCCUCGAAUCAAUUUGGACGUCAGGACAAGACCUUCGAAGUGAACAUAAGAGGCAACUCUCCAAACUACAUUACAAUUGUUAUAGCGGUGAUAAUUGCACUGCUUGUUAUUAUAAUCAUCGCAUUACUUAUCUAUCUGUGGAUAAGGAAACAAUCAAGUGGAAGUUAUCAAGUACAGCCUGCAGUGAAGCAGUAUGAAAUGCAACCGUUAAGCAAUGGAGCAAAUGCUAACAUUGAACAAAGAUGAUAUUGCCUAUUGAACAUAAUUCAGAUUACAUACGUUCAAUAAAAACGGGUGGGCUAUCUAUCCCCCAGUUUCACAGACAAG